UAAAAAAAAUUAGACUGUUUUGCGGCCGGUUUAAAAAGAGGGACACGACGUCAUUUGUUCACUACUCUCCUAACCUGUAUCCAAUAUGCUGUGGAUUGGACUAUUACUAGCCGCUUUUAUCCAAAACGGUUUCUGUGCCUCAGUGGUAAAGAGACAAGUGGCAGCAGACACUCAAAACGACGCUGAACUUUGCAAAAACAGAUCCCCUAGUGAAUAUUUUCGUCUGACAGCUGAUGAAGAUUGCAGGGAUGUAGUUCGUUGCUCUGUCCAGGGUCUUUUGGCUCUGCGAUGUCCAUCUGGACUUGCAUUUGACAUCGAAAGUCAAACGUGCAACUGGAAGGCCAAUGUGAAGAAUUGCCAACAGCUAGAAAAGCCUAGGUUGGCAACUCCACUACUUGCUACAGAUGAACCUAUUUGCGAGAAGGGUAAACUAGCUUGUGGCAAUGGGGACUGCAUCCAAAAAGAACUCUUCUGUAAUGGAAAUCCUGAUUGUAGCGAUGGUAGUGAUGAAAAUGCCUGCACUGUUGACAAGGAUCCUAACAGAGCUCCACAUUGUGAUCAGAACCAAUGUAUAUUGCCUGAUUGUUUCUGCUCUCCUGAUGGUACACAAAUCCCAGGAAAAUUGGAACCUAAUUCAGUGCCACAGAUGAUAACAAUCACAUUUGAUGAUGCCGUCAAUAACAACAACAUAGAUAUUUACGAAAGAAUUUUCAGAGAAGGCAGGAAUAACCCUAAUGGAUGCACUAUUAAGGGCACCUUCUUUGUUUCCCACAAAUAUACCAAUUAUUCUGCAGUCCAAGAACUCCACAGAAAAGGACACGAAAUUGCUGCACAUUCCAUUUCACACAGAAACGAAGAAAAAUACUGGAGUGAGGCAACUGUAGAAGGCUGGGCUAAAGAAAUGGCUGGAGUUAGGCUUAUUAUUGAAAGAUUCUCUAAUAUUACAGAUAACUCAGUUGUAGGCAUUCGUGCACCCUACUUAAGAGUAGGAGGUAACAACCAAUUUUUCAUGAUGGAAGAACAAGCUUUCCUUUACGAUUCCACAAUUACAGCUCCACUUAGUAAUCCUCCUCUUUGGCCAUACACCCUUUACUUCCGUAUGCCCCACAAAUGCCACGGCAAUGGCCAAAAUUGUCCAACUCGAUCCCACGCUGUAUGGGAAAUGGUCAUGAACGAAUUGGACAGACGAGAUGAUCCAAACUUCGACGAAGAACUUGCAGGUUGUGCUAUGGUAGACAGUUGCAGCAAUCUUCUUACAGGAGAACAAUUUUACAACUUUUUAAAUCACAAUUUGGAAAGGCAUUAUCGUACCAACAGAGCUCCUCUUGGACUUUUCUUCCACGCUGGGUGGUUAAAACUUAAUCAAGAAUUCAACGAUGCUUUGAUUCAGUGGGUUGAUGAAAUGCUUGAUAAAAAUGAUAUUUACUUUGUUACAAUGACACAGGUACUGCAAUGGAUGCAGUCCCCAAAAGACUUGUCUGCUAUUAGAGAUUUUGCUCCAUGGAAAGAAAAGUGUGAAGUUAAAGGUCAACCAUUGUGCUCACUUCCUAAUGCCUGUCCUCUAACAACAAGAGAGCUUCCAGGAGAAACUAUUCGCCUUCAUACUUGCAUCGAAUGUCCUCAAAAUUAUCCAUGGGUAGAAGAUCCAACUGGAGACUACUUCGCAUUUAAAAAAUAAUUUCGUAUAGACAUUAAAAUUUCAAACUUUCAUACCAUACACUUGUACAGAAAAUAAAAUUUCUUCGUAUUUUUUCCAUAA